AUGAUGGGUAGGCUACGCUGGACGGGAUCUGCAGGUGCGGACUCUACAAGUGCGGGCUCUACGGGUGUGGUGGACUUUACAGGUAAGUGGGCGGGCAUGGACGGACUCUACAGCGGACAACACGGCGGCGGGUGGACUACACUGGACGGGCUCUACACUACGCUACAGCAUGUUGGGUUGGGGAGGCGAACCGCUGUUGGGCCAAAGGCUGUUGCGCUUGGGCCAGGGGUCAGCGAGCGGCGGGUGGACUGGAAGCCGGGGGAUCAGAUCUGGAGACAAGAGGAACAAGGCGACGACGAGGAGAGUAGCUCGAGCGAUUGUCACGGGAGGAAAGACAACAAGAUUAAACUGGAAGACCUGGAUGGAACGUGA